AUGCUACAAGAAGAUUGCGCCAAAAAAAUUGGUGCAUCAAUUUUUUUACUCGUGAUUUCAUCAGUGGUUUUAUAUCAAUCAUGUCGAAGAGCAUCAACUAUUUAUUUUUUCGAGGUACGUGGCAUUUUUUGGCUCCAAAAUUACUGUAAGAAACUUUUCCAGCUUGACACAACUACAGUAAUUUUCAUGGAAAAAACGCAUGCCGUUGUUUUUCCGCUGAUCUUAUCGAUUUUGUUGUUUUUUGUAUAUUUGGGAACGAAACGAAGUGUUGAAAUACAAAAUGAACGAAAUUUGGAGAUUCAGAGGGUCAAGGUUUGUGACUGAAAAUUACUGUUUUUAAAUGAAAAAUCCAAAUUUUCAGAGCUCAUCUGCUCUAAAUUCUCGAAAAGUUUCACGCGAAAAAAUUCCAAGUCGAAAAAUGUCGAUUUGUGAAGAUUUUGAUACUCAGGCAAGAAUCAAGCGACUUUUAUCGGAUAUUGAAGAAGAGGAAAAAAUGUCGAGAAAAAAAUGA